GUCUCUGCCGAGGUUAGAGGUCACAGCAGAAAACAUGGCGGCCUCCAGCAAAGCGACCGUGGUGCUGAAGGCUGUGAAGAGAAUAGCGGUUCAGUUCUGUCCGUUUGAGUCCAACGUCCGGUCCACACGGGAGUUUCUGGCCAUGGUGGGCUCAGAGAAGGCCAGGGCUAGCAACAUGAACUGUGAGGUGAUAUCGAUGGUGAAACACGACAAAUCUGCACCCGUAGUGGAUAUUACAUACUUAGACGGAGACAAGCUGGUGUUGAAGGGAGCAAAGUUGACCAGCAGCGAGAUGCUGAAUGCAUUCCAGUCACUGUGCACAGCCAAGGACCUGCAGGCAAAGAUCGCAGCAAAGAAAUAAUGAUCCUCGUGUCCAUUAUAUGUGAAGAAUUAAUCUGUAUGUAGCUGUGAAUAUUCUUGGAUGUUUAUUAUUAAAGUAUUUCA